AUGAUCCCUCUGCGGCCUUCCCUUCUACGGAGGCCUCGAGAGGCGCUUGUAUGCUCAUGUCGGGCCAAUGUCAGUCUGCCUUCCGGGCCCAUUCGGGGAUUCCUAUCAUCCUCGAAAUCACGGACCGGAGUCGCGGAUGAAUCCCCUUCGGUAUUUCACAAGUCAUAUUUCUCGGCCAAUCGAUUAUACGUUAGGCCAAUUUCAAAAGGCAGCUUUCUGUCUUCUUUUGCGCCGGCCAAUACGGGUAAAAACCUCAGCUUCACAUCCCAAACUCCUAGCAAUUCGUCCGCAACGGUUGCAACAGAAGCAAGCUCGGAAGAACUACCACAUCGGCGACGAAAGCGCCUGAAGGAGGAAAGCAAUGGCACCAAACAACCAGAACCGAGCAUCCCGCUGGAUGCCUCCGCGCAAUUGUCGAAUUUCUCGUCCACACUCCCCACCACCUCCAUCCGCCGCAAGCUGGCAGCCUACCUCGCCCUGACGAAACCCCGAUUGUCUUUCCUGAUCGUCCUCACCACCACCUCCGCAUACGGAAUGUACCCAAUCUCGUCCCUGCUCACCCUCGACCCGUCCAUGACCCCACUACCUACCCUUUCGACCUCAACCCUGACCUUUAUCUACUUAACGGUGGGCACAUUCUUGUCAUGCUGCAGCGCCAACACGCUGAACAUGAUGUUCGAGCCGAAAUACGAUGCGCUCAUGUCCCGGACCCGCAAUCGCCCUCUUGUUCGCGGACUCAUCUCGCGCCGGGGGGCCUUUUUCUUCGCGGUUGGCACCGCCGUGACUGGUCUUUCACUUUUAUACAUCGGCACGAAUCCCACGACAACGACAUUGUCCGCUGCGAACAUUUUCCUGUACGCGUUCGUUUACACGCCGCUGAAGCGAAUCCAUGUUGUGAACACCUGGGUCGGCGCAGUGGUCGGUGGUAUCCCGCCGCUGAUGGGAUGGAUUGCUGCAGCAGGUCAGACUGCCACAAUUGGCCAUGAUACGUGGCGCGAUAUGCUUUUCAGCGAAAGUAGCAUUGGCGGAUGGUUGCUGGGUGGAAUCUUGUUCGCUUGGCAAUUUCCUCACUUCAAUGCUCUCUCCCAUCUCAUUCGUGAUGAGUACAAAGCUGCCGGGUACCGGAUGCUGGCUUGGGUUAACCCAGCUCGCAAUGCUCGGGUUGCUCUUCGCUACUCUAUCAUGAUGUUCCCCAUUUCGAUUGGUCUAUGGUAUGUUGACGUUGUCGGGCAUGGAUUCUUGGUCGGCAGCACUGUCGCCAAUGGCUGGCUGGUCCGCGAGGCGUACCGCUUCUGGCAGCACCAGGGUGCGAAUGGAACUGCACGUGGUCUGUUCUGGGCGAGUAUCUGGCAAUUACCCAUUCUCCUCGUCGGUGGCUUGGUCACCAAGAAGGGUCUAUGGGAUGGUGUUUGGAGGAAUAUCUUCGGGCACCCAGAUGAAGAUGAUGACCAAUAUUUGUACUACGAGGAUGAAGAGGAACUCGAAGGUGAGAAGUCUAAACUCAAAGAUUCUUCAUCUUCCCGUCAGUCAUCGACUCGGACAAGUACUUUGUCCACUGCAUGA